AUGGCACCCUACACCAACAUCCCGCUCUCCCCUGCCGAACUCUCCUACCUCUACACCUCCCUCUCCCAAACCCCACCCAUCCGCCCCGAUGGCCGCGCACCCACCCAAUUCCGCCCUCUCGUAGCCGAGACCGACAUCCUCCCCUCCGCCAACGGCAGCGCGCGCAUCUGCUUCGCCGAUGGCACGGAAGCGAUCGUUGGCGUGAAAGCUGAAGUCGAGCAGAGCAGGGUUUCCGGCGCUGCGACGGGGCAGGUGGAGAGUGAGGGCGUGCUUGGGUUAGGUACUGGUGGGGUUGGAGAUGUGGAUAUGGAUGAGGAGGAUGGAGAUGAGGAGGCUACGAGGGCUGGGAAGGGCGAGGAGGGGUGGGUGGAGGUUGCGAUCGAGAUACCUGGGAUGCGGGAUGAUGAUGCGCUGCCAGUGUUCUUGUCUGCUAUGCUUACGGAAGCGCUGCUAGCGGACGGUGAGCUGAAAGAUCGGUUGUGGAUUAAUAGGAGGUUUCACUGGAGGUUGUAUAUUGACAUUCUGUUGCUCUCUCAACCACUGUCGUAUCCGCUUCCGCUUCUGUCUUUGACUACGCAUCUCGCGCUGCUUUCGACAAGGAUACCGGCUUUGAUCUCGGAGAAGGAUGAGGAUCCGCUGUUCAAUGACGACUGGGAGGCUUCGCGGUUUUUGUACCCGCAGUCGAAGACGGCCUCGGGAGGACACCGAAAACCACCGGUCACGCUGCUCAUGUUGAGUGUAAGCGAGAACGUCAUUGCAGACCCAAGCAGAGAGGAGCUUGCUGUUGCUGAUGCUGUCGUGGCGAUCAGUGUCGCGCCGACCACUGGAUUGAAUGCCGAAUCCGCGUACAAGACUGUGGCACUUCGAACCGUCGAUCCGCCCUCACGACUUACCGGCGCCGGCGUACCUACUGCUCUCAACACUACGGCUGGUGGGACGUCGCUUUCAGCUGCUGAGGCGCUUGCUCUACGCGAGAAGGAUCAGGGCCAGACUGUGUGGCGGCCGCCGCGAGGAGGGGUGAAGAGGGCUAUGAUCGCGAAGAUGAUCAAGAUGGUCACGGAGAAGGGUGGGGUUGGGCAGGAGGUGCUUGAGGGUCUUGCUGGGGUUGAGACUUGA